UAAGGUUUAUUUAAUUGCUGGUUAAAAUGCUACCGUACGGAAUGGAGGAAAGAACUUGGUGCCUCAGCAAAUCUGAGUUCCAAUCCCAGACCCGUCACUUGGCAGCCUCGGUUUCCCCCAAGAAAACUGAGGAUCGCGACAUCUAUCUUCCAGGGCUGGGGGAGGAUACAAGGAGAUGUGUGGACAGUACGUGGCCCGCACAGUAGGUACCGAAUUAAACUCGCCUUCUCAGCACCUACCGGGGGACGGGCGCUACAUUUAAUCACCCUACGACUUUUGAGUCUCCCCCCUCCUUCCGAGCUGUGCUCUCCGGAGGUCUGGCUUGCGGUCCUCCCCCAGUAGAGGCCACCCCACCCGCAGCCGCGUAGGGGCCAGCGACCUGCUGCUAGCCCCGCCUUCUCGCCCGCGCAACCAAUCAACACGAGGCUUUUAGGCCACUGCCCUCCGAUUGGCUGCGGCUCUGGCACCGCCCACCACCCGGCGUUGGCGUCCGGCGGGAAGGCGGUGGCUUCCGGCCUGGGACGGCGAGGUGGCCGCAAAGGCACUCUGGUCCAGAGCCGCGUGUGUACCGGCGGGGGCGUGGCGGCGGGAAGGGCCUCUCGGCCAUCACUCAAGGUCUCCCGGUGGCCGCGGCUUCCCGGGAGCCGGGCUCUCAGGGCACCGUGAGAAGGAGCGGAGCGGAGGGCAGGAGCCGUCGGGGGCCGGCGAGGUCAGGCGCGUGGCUGGAAGGACCUCCUCAUCCUCCUUCACAGGCCCUGGAAGUUAAACCCCGCCUUCGUCCCGCGUGGGCUCCGCCCCCAGCCCCUCAUCUCCCGUAUUCGAUCCUCUGGGAUCUCUCUCUCUGAGGAGGCCAUAUGGAUACCUCGACGCCUUUGCCUCCCGUCCCCCCCUCCCCGAUCUGCAACCCAGCCCCGCGGACGAUCCAGAUCGAGUUCCCGCAGCAUAGCUCCCUGCUGCUGGAAGCCCUGAACCGCCACAGGCUAGAGGGCAAGUUCUGUGAUGUGUCCCUCUUGGUGCAGGGCCGGGAACUUAGGGCUCACAAAGCAGUGUUGGCUGCUGCCUCUCCUUACUUCCAUGACAAACUUCUUCUGGGGGAUGCGCCACGUCUCACUCUGCCCAGCGUCAUUGAAGCCGAUGCCUUCGAGGGGCUGCUCCAGCUCAUUUAUUCCGGGCGCCUCCGUCUGCCACUGGAUGCUCUCCCUGCCCACCUCCUCGUGGCCAGUGGCCUGCAGAUGUGGCAAGUAGUAGAUCAGUGCUCAGAGAUUCUUAGAGAACUAGAAAACUCAGGUGGUGGAAUUUCAGCCCGGGGGGCGACCUCUUACCACACACUUCCUUCCACCACAUCCUCUCCAGGAGGCUGGUGCAUUCGCUCUUCCCCUUUCCAGACCCCAGUGCAGUCUUCCACUUCUACCGAGAGCCCGGUUUUAGGGGAGGGGAGCGAACUGGGCGAUGUGUUACAGAUUCAAGUUGAAGAAGAGGAGGAGGAGGAGGAGGAAGAAGAGGAGGAGGAGGAGGAGGACCAGGCGUCAACAGCACCCGCCCAGACUCCUCAGCCCCCGAGAGUAUCAGGGAGCUUUCCCUGCCCUCAUGGAUCUCACUCACUGCCCGUAUCCACUACGCCCCGCAGGGUUCCAGAGGGCGAGAGUGCACCCCUCGAGCCUCCUGCCCCUCAUACUGCACUGCCCCCCAAAGUCUUCUACAUUAAGCAGGAGCCCUCUGAGCCUAAAGAAGAGAUAUCAACAGGUGGAACUCAAUCUGGAGGAGCAAAGGAGGAGACCAAAGUGUUUCCUGGAGGGGACGCUGAAGGGAAUGGAGAGCUAGGGUUCUUGCUGCCCUCGGGAGCAGGGGCGACAUAUGGAGGAGGAGGAGGAGGAGGAGGAGGAGGUCCAUCCUGGAAACCAGUGGAUCUUCAUGGGAAUGAAAUCCUCUCAGGGGGUGGGGGACCUGGGGGGGCAGGACAGGCUGUGCAUGGGCCUGUGAAGUUAGGAGGUACACCCCCCGCAGAUGGAAAACGCUUCGGUUGCUUGUGUGGGAAGCGGUUUGCAGUGAAGCCAAAGCGUGACCGUCACAUCAUGCUGACCUUCAGCCUUCGGCCCUUUGGCUGUGGCGUCUGCAAUAAGCGCUUCAAGCUGAAGCACCAUCUGACGGAGCACAUGAAGACCCACGCUGGAGCCCUGCAUGCCUGCCCCCAUUGCGGCCGUCGGUUCCGAGUCCAUGCCUGUUUCCUUCGCCAUCGGGACCUGUGCAAGGGCCAGGGCUGGGCCACUGCUCACUGGACUUACAACUGACUGCUGAGGCCAUGCGCUAAUUUCUAGUGCAGGAGAGCCACUGCUGCUGAUGGACACUUUCCCCUCACCACCAUUGCACCCCACUCUCGGAUCUUGAAAUCAUGCCAAGAGAAUAGAUAUGUCCUGGACAUCUUGUUCUUAAGUGUGGGCGUCGACCUGUCAGAUUUGGGAAUUCAGUUUUCUCAUCUCGAGGUUUGCUAACCACCCCAUCAGAAGGUGGUGUAUAGGGCAUACAUAAUUUGAUCACUUGCCCAUAAUAGACCUUUCAUACAGUAAACCAGAUUUCAGAUUAAGAGUUUGCUGAGAAAAGAGAGCAAAAAGACGUGACGAUUAAACGUUGCAUUUGGUCUCCACGAGGAGUUAAAGGAGCUGGUCUCCACGUAGGGAUGUUUGAUUCUAAGGUCUAGUGAUUCCGAAACUAAUAAGCUCUGUGUUUUUGCCCUUGUCAUUGCUGAAAUGAUUUAGGUAGAGUUCUUUUUAUGUGCUCUCUUUUGUUAGAUCUUUCCAGAAGCUCCUCAGAUCAUAACUUGCUCUCUCACCUUCCCAGCACUUCUAUUAAUGUGGUAGUUGAGCACUUUAACAAACUUGAGCAUUCCAGGUGUCAUUCCUAGAACCCUCUUUUUAACAGAGGGUAUUCCCUCAACAGUCUGUGCCUCUUGUUUACCUGUGUCCACCACUGAUCACCCAUAUAUUGAUCACAGUGAUUGGAAUGUGACCAGUGAACUCAGGAGGUGGCCACCAACCUAAAAUGCUCUCAGGGUAGCACCACUGUUUUGAACAAGUGUCUGUUGUCAGAGGCUGAGACAGCGCAUACAGAAGGCUGGAGAGUAACUGCACAGUAGGACCACACACUCUUCCUUUCCAUCCCACUCACACGAUAGCCCCUUGAGAGAGAGAAGAGAGAAGAGUAGAUAUUGGAAUGGGGAGAUUGUCACAGUUACUUAAUUUCUUCAAAUAAACUUUGCCCUGAAAUCUAAGCUGA